GUUCCUAUAAUUAUAAAUACUCCUUAUAAUCCACACUGCAUAUCAUAUCAUAUAUUCCACAGAAUAAUUAUAAACAUUGUCCCAUUUUUUCUUGCCAUUGUUUCUUUUGCAACUCUUUGGUUUGGCCUCAAAAGAUCAGCAUGAAGUAUCAAAGGAAAACCAUCUUUGUUUCAGUUUUUCUCUUCUUUACAGUUGUGUUUCUCUACUACUCAGCUUCAGUUUCAGCUCAAGAAAUUGAGGAUGAGAGGGAGUUUGAUUACUUAGAGAACAGUGGGAAAGGACCAAGUCAAUGGGGAGAUCUGAAGAAAGAAUGGGCUGCUUGCAAAAAUGGAGAUCUGCAAUCCCCAAUAGAUAUGUCAAGUCUGAGAGUGACGGUAAUCAAAAAGUCUGGGGAACUGAAGAAGAGAUACAAGCCCUGUCAUGCAGUUGUCAAGAACAGAGGCCACGAUAUUUCGCUUCAAUGGCUGAAUCAAGAUGCUGGUUCAAUCAAAAUCAAUGGUACUGAAUACUUUCUCCAACAAGCUCACUGGCACUCACCUUCUGAGCAUACCAUUAAUGGCAGAAGGUAUGCCCUGGAGCUACAUAUGGUACACCAGUGCCAGGACCCCAAAGUGAAGAACAAUCUAGCUGUCAUUGGACUACUCUACAAGUUUGGUGCACCUGAUGCUUUCCUCUCCAAGCUGAUAAGCAACAUUACAUCCAUGAAUGAUCAUGUGCAAGAAAGGGAAAUGGGGUUCAUUGAUCCAAGCCUGAUCAAGAUGGGUGGCAAGAAGUAUUACAGAUACAUGGGCUCAUUGACAGUCCCUCCUUGCACUGAAGGUGUCAUUUGGACAAUGAACAAGAAGAUAAAAACUGUUUCAAGGGACCAAGUCCGGGCACUCCGAAAAGCUGUCCAUGAUUAUGCUGAAGCAAAUGCAAGACCUGUGCAACCACUCAAUCGUCGUCAGAUAGAACUUUAUGGCCCCAACAGAUAAAUCUACAGCUUGUAUUCCCACACAGAUUUUUUACCUCGACCUUAUUCUUUCCACAAAUUUUUUCCCCUCCCUGAAAUGGAUACUUUCUCACUGUAUUUCUACACUAUUCUGAGGUUACGUGUCGUUUGUUGUUACUAGUUUACUAUAUUUUGCUGCAUUUUUCAGUCUUUUAGAUUGAAAUGAUUAGAAAUUGUGAGGCUACAGAUAAUCUCAUGCGAACCAGAAAUUUGAAGAUGAUCGUGGAAGCGUUCGAACUUAACAGUACAUAAAAUUAAUCGAAUCUCUAGCAGUAUUUUCCCAUCAA